AUGAAGAAAUCAGCCAUGAAGUUGCCACAAUUGCAUUGCGUAGAGCAAUUCAUUUUUUCUCAGCAGUACAGGCUAGUGAUGAAGGAAAAUGCUGGUCCUCUAUUCUUUCUUCCACCUCUCAAUGAAGAUGGUGGAUGGGGUUUGCACAUAGAAGGUGAUAGUACUAUGUUCUGUACAUCUCUGAGUUACAUAUGCAUGAGGAUACUUGGAGAAGGGCCAGAUGGUGGCGAAAAUAAUGCCUGUGCUAGAGCAAGGAAAUGGAUUCUUGAUCAUGGUAGUGUCACUGCAAUUCCUUCUUGGGGGAAAACAUGGCUCUCGAUUCUUGGAGCUUUUGAAUGCUUAGGAACCAAUCCAAUGCCACCUGAGUUUUGGAUUCUUCCAUCUUUUCUUCCCAUGCAUCCAGCAAAAAUGAUGUGUUACUGUCGAACGGUCUACAUGCCAACGUCUUAUCUCUACGGGAAGAGAUUUGUUUGUCCAAUCACACCUCUCAUUUUGCAAUUGAGGGAAGAGUUAUAUGAUCAACCAUACAAUGAAAUUAACUGGAAAAAAGUACGCCAAAUUUGUGCAAAGGUGUUGUGUAUGCUUGCAUGUUGGGUUGAGGAUCCAAAUGGCAGUUAUUUCAAAAAACAUCUUGCUCGGAUUCCAGAUUUUUUAUGGGUAGCUGAAGAUGGAAUGAAAAUGCAGUUUCGGUAG